UGAAAAGUGAAAAAACUGAAAACAAGUGAAAGAUUUAGGAGGAUGAUUUCUCUUAGCUCAAUCAAAAGCCCUCAAAUUGGUGCGCUCUUCUUCUUCCCCUCCCCUUCCACAAAUCUCCAUUCCAAAUCCAUUCUCAAAAGCCAAUACUCAACUCCCCCACUGUUUAAUCUGAGUGCAAACUGUCCUCUUUCCCUUUCUCCUCGAAUACAUCGCCGCCUUACUGCCAUGGCCGCUGAGCAUUCCCAGUUGAACGUCGCUGCUUCCCCUGUGCCUAAUUCUUCAAUGAAGCUUCUUUUUGUUGAAAUGGGCGUUGGUUACGAUCAACAUGGGCAAGACAUCACAUCAGCUGCUAUGCGGGCUUGUCGUGAUGCAAUUUCUUCUAAUUCAAUCCCGGCCUUUAGGAGAGGAUCUGUACCUGGUGUUACAUUCGAUGAGAUGAAGCUUGAGAUUAAGUUGGGUGUUCCACGGUCUCUCCAACAAUUGCUAGAUAUUGACAAGGUCAAAUCAGUCUUUCCAUACGGCAAAAUAAUGAACAUUGAGGUUGUUGAUGGUGGACUGAUAUGUUCAAGUGGUGUACACGUUGAAGAGAUGGGAGAUAAGAAUGAUGACUGUUAUAUAGUAAAUGCAGCGGUUUAUGUUGGUUACUGAUCUCUUACACUGUACAUAUAGAAUGAUGAAUGAUCCACAAAAAUGAAAAAUAAAAACAAGAGCUAAUAAAUAGGAGGAAGAGAAGGAGAAUAAUGUGUACUAAAAAAAUCUUCACCGGGAUAGUAGAGAAGCAUAAAGAAGGUGGUUCCAAGUAUCAGGGAGUCCAGGAAGGCACCAAUGGCUGCAAUCCAGUCCUGGGUGUUUUCCGCUGAAAUAGGAAGGGUGUGCGUCUGGCCUUAAUUGUGAUAGAAGAGUGAUAUCGAGCAGAUAAAUGGGAUUUGGGAUUCCUGCCAACACAUUGUUCACCACAAUUGCAGGUUGGGGUGCUGCGGCUGGAUACGUUGAUCCUUGUACUGGCACUUCCUCGCCACUGCAGGUCUUGUUUGCUUUCGAACCCCACUCACUACCCCUGUUUAUUUACAGGAAUUAAUGAUAUGGAUUAUGGAUGAUAACAAUGCUCGUAUGUGUAGGACUGUAGGUAACUGAAGCUCAUGUCUGUUUUUGUGUGUAUUGUAUGUUACAUCAUUGACUCUUUUACACGUCUGGAUCACUACCUAGGGGCAGAACAGGUGGUUCUGGGUCUGUCAAGGGCCGAACCCACGUCAUGAAAAUGGGUUUAGUCUGAUUUCAAUUCAUGGUUGGUCCCGGGCCCUGGCAUGUACUAGAUUCCUCAGCCUAUUUAAGAAAGAAUGAGGCCUGAAUCAGAACCACAACGGGCUGAUUUUGGAAUAAGUGGAAUCAAAACUGGCUUAAACUAGUUUCAGUCUGUAAUCUCUAAACCGGUUGCCAUUUUGGUUUUUUUACCUGUCUGGCCCCACAUAAUCCUACUCAUGUGUUCAUAGGAUUUUUCACUAGGAGCUGAUUCAGUUUUAAAUCAGAUUUAAACAGAUCACACCUAAUCAAUUUAGACAUGUCCACC